AUGAAACCAAUGUCCGACAACUUGGGCAGGGGUUUUGGUAUUGGAUUCGGUGUGGCCUGUCUGAUACUGAUUGUCCUUCUUGUGGUAGCAGUUGUGGUGUUAGUGCGCAUGGGCAGACUUGACCUGUCGACCCUGUUCCAUAAAAAGUCGGAUGACGUCAAACUUGACAGCAUCCACAAAGGUGAAGUUAAACUGAACAGCAACAACGAUAAAGGAGCAUCAUCAUCUUACGAGCUAAAAAAUGCUUACUCAGAAGAUAGCAACAGUAGAGGCAACCGUAGAGGUAAUAGUAGAGGCGACAGUAGAGGCAAUAGUAGAGGCGACAGUAGAGGCGACAGUAGAGGCAAUAGUAGAGGCGACAGUAGAGGCAAUAGUAGAGGCGACAGUAGAGGCGACAGUAGAGGCAAUAGUAGAGGCGACAGUAGAGGCAAUAGUAGAGGCGACAGUAGAGGCGACAGUAGAGACAAUAGUAGAGGCGACAGUAGAGGCAAUAGUAGAGGCGACAGUAGAGCAAAUAGUAGAGGCGACAGUAGAGGCAAUAGUAGAGGCGACAGUAGAAGCAAUAGUAGAGGCAAUAGUAGAGGCGACAGUAGAGGCGACAGUAGAGGCGACAGUAGAGGCGACAGUAGAGCAAAUAGUAGAGGCGACAGUAGAGGCAAUAGUAGAGGCGACAGUAGAGGCGACAGUAGAGGCAAUAGUAGAGGUAAUAGUAGAAGUAAUAGUAGAGGUGAUAGUAGAGGUAAUAGUAGAGGUAAUAGUAGAGGUAAUAGUAGAGGUAAUAGUAGAGGUAAUAGUAGAGGUAAUAGUAGAGGUAAUAGUAGAGGCGACAGUAGAGGUAAUAGUAGAGGUAAUAGUAGAGGUAAUAGUAUAGGUGAUAGUAGAGGUAAUAGUAGAGGUGAUAGUAGAGGUAAUAGUAGAGGCAAUAGUAGAGGCAACAGUAGAGGCAACAUUAGAGGCGACAGUAGAGGCAACAGUAAAUAA